AGUGCAAUAAAGGUGUGGUAGACACAGGCGCAGAAGCAAAGCAGUUUCGGUGAGCACACAGGAAGCCAAGAAAUAAGGAUAUUUCAAAAAAAAGAAAAAAAAAUUAGAAAAUCUACCUGAGGACCACCAUCUAUUGCAGUGUGAUUGAAGAGCGACAAAAUGUCCAACUGGAAUCUGAUUUUUUGCAGCCUGUGUUUAAUAUCAGUGAUGUCAGCUAGUUCUGGACUGGAAGUGACAAUGAGUCAAGCUAAUGUGGAGGUUGCCAGGGGUGAUGAUGUCACCCUUACAUGUAAUUUUAAACCUAAAAAUCAAAAUAAUGAUCUUAUCGUUAUAUCAUGGACUGGUGAGGCUGAUGAGAUAUCUGGGCAGAAGGUCAUUUUCGGUUACUUUUACUCCUAUGGUAAAGUAGACAUUGGAUCAGACUAUCAAGGUAAAGCCAUGAUAGACACGGACUUGAAUGCAAAAACAUCGAAAUUGACUCUAAAACAAGUCACUCUUAAAGAGAGCAGAAGAAUUCAAUGUUUUGUUCAGAUUCCUGGAGACAUCGACGGCAAAAUAUCGGACACUACUUUUCUUUUGGUUCAGGUUGCACCAUCACAACCCGUUUGUAAGGUAGUAGGCACAGCAGAAUAUGGACACAAUAUUAGCCUUACCUGUGUCUCUGAGGAGGGCUCACCUAAACCAACAUACAAAUGGGAGAGAUAUAGUGUCCAAAAUAUGCCUCAAGCAUUUCCUCUCAAAACCACUGAAAAGGAUGGAGUUUUGUCUUUGGUCAAUGUGUCCAUGGAGACAUCGGGUUACUAUAUUUGCCAAUCAAUCAAUAAGGUCGGAACAGCCAAAUGUAACAUGACGUUGUCCGUAAUGCCGCCCUCUAUGAAUCUUGCUACAAUAGGUAUUGUGGCUGGUUGUAUUGCUGGAGUUUCAGUGCUCAUAAUAGUCAUCAUUUGCUGCUGCCGCAAACGGAAACAGAAACCAAAAAACUGUGAAAUAGAGAAUCCAAUUGUUGAAUACCAUGACAAACCACCACUAGAAAAUACAGAGGAUGCGAAUACACGCAUCAUGGCAAUCAAUGAAAAGGGAACUGACAAAGCUUUCAAUGAUGACCUCAAAAAUCACUUUGAUGACCGCAGAGGAAGCCGUGAUGACCUCAGAGACCAUGAUGACCGCAGAGGAAGCCGUGAUGACCUCAGAGACCAUGAUGACCGCAGAGGAAGUCGUGAUGACCUCAGAGACCGAUACGAUGACCGCAGAGGUAGUCGUGAUGACCUCAGAGACCGCUACGAUGACCGCAGAGGUAGUCGUGAUGACCUCAGAGACCGCUACGAUGAUCGCAGAGGGAGCUGCGAUGAGCUCAGAGAUCGCUACGAUGAACGCAGAGGUAGUCGCGAUGAACUCAGAGAUCGCUACGAUGAACGCAGAGGUAGUCGCGAUGAACUCAGAGAUCGCUACGAUGAACGCAGAGGUAGUCGCGAUGAGCUCAGAGUUCGCUACGAUGAACGCAGAGGUAGUCGCGAUGAACUCAGAGAUCGCUACGAUGAACGCUGAGGUAGUCGCAAUGAGCUCAGAGAUCGCUUUAGAUAAAAUCAGCAAGAUCAGUAUGAUAAUCAAACCAUUUUAUUAUUAUGAUAACUAAUAAUUAAACCAAUUUUUUUGCUAAAAGGACAACAAUUCCAGUGUUUAUUUUAGCUCUGAAGUUGUUUAAACCUACUAUAUUGUUCUUUUGUUUUAUUUGCCUAUAUUUGAUAAAUCAAACUGUGGUGUAUGCCAGCAGAUGAAUCAUACAUUUGUAUUUACUUUAUUAUAUGAUUUUAUGGGAUAUUAACAUAAUUUUAUAUACAGCAAAAAAGUUGUUUUGGUAUGUCUGUCAGCUAAAGUAAUUGACAUUUUUUUAUUUGGACUGUUCUUCUGAAUCAUGGAUGGAUGUAUUCAUUUAUUUUUUAUAGGCAGGGGUUCACAUGUAAAUACACAGUAAUGUAAACUGCCUUCUUAAAGGGGUCAUAUGAUGUUGCUAAAAAUAACAUUAUUUUGUGAAUUUGGUGUAAUGCAAUGUGUUUAUGCAGUUUAAGGUUAAAAAAAAAAAACAUUAUUUCCCAAAUAAUGUACAUUAUUGUUUCUCCUCUAUGCCCACCUUUCUGAAAUGCAUCGAUUUUUACAAAGCUCAUCAUUCUGAAAAGUGAGGUGUGCUCUGAUUGGCCAGCUAUCCAGUGAGUUGUGAUUGGCUAAAUACCUCAAGUGUGUGAUGAAAAUGUUACGCCCCUUAACACUGUGAUGUGUGUCCCGGCACAACAAGACAAAACCAAUAAAACCCAUUAUAAACUA